AUGGUGGAUCACUCCAGCCUCAAGAUACCACAAGUCAGUUCGCCUCUGGAUCUCCAUCCUACUAUCCAAGUGUAUCACUAUCCUCGCCACAAGGGGCCUCCAGUCAGUCUGCUACAGUCCAGAGUUCACGGAAGCAGAUUGCCUCUAGCUAUGGCACCCAGUCAGGGUCCUCUAAGCCAUUCACUCUGCAGGGAAGCUCCACUUAUGGUGGGUCACUCCAGCCUCAAGUCUGCUGCAGUACAGACUUCACAGAAGCAGUUUACCUCUACCUUCACAGUCAACUCUGGCACCCAGGAAGGACCCUCUGCUCCCUUCAAAUGGCAGGGAAGCACCACCUAUGGUGGAUCGCUCCAGCCUCAAGAUACCACAAGUCAGUUCGCCUCUGGAUCUCCAUCCUACUAUCCAAGUGUAUCACUAUCCUCGCCACAAGGGGCCUCCAGUCAGUCUGCUACAGUCCAGAGUUCACGGAAGCAGUUCACCUCUAGCUAUGGCACCCAGUCAGGGUCCUCUAAGCCAUUCACCCUGCAGGGAAGCACCACCUAUGGUGGAUCACUCCAGCCUCAAGAUACCUCAAAUCAGUUUGCCUCUGGGUCUCCAUCAUCCUAUCCAAGUGUAUCACUAUUCUCACCCCAAGGUGCCUCCAGUCAGUCUGCUACAGUCCAGAGUUCACGGAAGCAGUUCACCUCUAGCUAUGGCACCCAGUCAGGGUCCUCUAAGCCAUUCACCCUGCAGGGAAGCACCACCUAUGGUGGAUCACUCCAGCCUCAAGAUACCUCAAAUCAGUUUGCCUCUGGGUCUCCAUCCUCCUAUCCAAGUGUAUCACUAUUCUCACCCCAAGGUGCCUCCAGUCAGUCUGCUACAGUCCAGAGUUCACGGAAGCAGUUCACCUCUAGCUAUGGCACCCAGUCAGGGUCCUCUAAGCCAUUCACCCUUCAGGGAAGCACCACCUAUGGUGGAUCACUCCAGCCUCAAGAUACCACAAGUCAGUUUGCCUCUGGGUCUCCAUCCUCCUAUAAUGGUCAUUGUGUAUCGUUGUCCUCGCCCCAAGGUGUUGCCGACCAGUCCAGCCAAGCAUUUCAAAGCUUUUCUGGGUCCCAAAGCCAAAAGUCUCAAAGAUGGCAGCCUUCACGAGGUAUUCAGACCUCAGGUGCAGCUGCAUCACAGGGCAGCUCUCUGUCUCAAAGCUCUCCAAUGCAGAGUUUGUUUCCUUCCCUGUCAUCAGCAGGAGGCUCAUCUUCAGGAGAUCCUGGACCGUUUGUUUCUGCACAGGGUGGUAGCAGCAGAUAUGGUGGCUUUUCUCUUCAUUCUCAAAGCCCCUCUAGCAAGUACACCCCUGGGUCUCAUGCAUAUGCCAAGCUUGCUUCCUCUCCCCUAGCUGUUUCUAGCCAGUCUACCAGUGAUAAGCGGUCAAAUGGCCUGUAUAGCUCAGACUCUCUGCGAACCCUGGGUCUCAUUGGUGUAGUUGAAAGACCCUCUAGACUCCCAUCUCAAGCUCCUUCUGACUCUACAAGCAGUAACCAGAUAUCUGAGCAUUUUGUGGCCAUGCAACGCCCCACAGGUUCAAACCUAACUCCAUCUCUAGGCUUGAGUGCCCAAGCAUCAUCUGUUGGCAUGUUCUCUGGUAUCCCACAGACUGCGCAGGCUCUACGUGAAUCUGGGUCAGAUGUCCAGCUAUACAAUCGACCAUUCCUCAAUCAGCUAUACUCCGUAAAGGGCUAA